AUGCCAAUAAAAAGAAUAGCGAUAGGCGAACUUUAUCAAUCAUUCGAAACAAGCCAUUCUUCACCUUUUAGACCACAAAAAUCUCAUCUCACAAUAAAUUUUUCAAAAUUAACUGUAACCCUAGGAAACAAUGCUCCACAAAAAUGGUCUUUUAUACCAUGCACAAUGCCAGGAUAUUCUAAUGGCUUCUAUAUAGUCAACACAACACAAAAUCUAGCAUUAGAAUACGAUUUAUACAUGGGUGAAAUAGUACCAUCCCCACUUGUAGUCGAGAAAGAAAGCUUUAUAUGGAAAAGAGCUCUGAUUAAUGUUUGGAAAGAUCAAGAUGAUUACUGUUUGACGCCAUUCAAAGAUCCUUCGCGACGACUAACAACAGAGAUGAUUCAGAUACCAGUUGAUGAUCAUGGAACUCUUUGUAAUGUUACUAUUUCACGAUUAUGUGGCAUCGCAGGAACACUUAGGAACCAAGCAUGGGUAUUUGAAGAGGAUUCAUGUGAGCAGGAUGUUUGCGCAGAAAACGAAAAAUUAGAAGAUUCAGAAAUAAGUGAUGUUGAGUUACCACUAAAGAAGAAUGAAAAGAAAUCAGAAAAGUAUGUCAAGAUUAUUGAUGAGCUUAAGGAUGAAUUUAAAGAGAUUGUAAAUUUCAGAUGGGUUGCUGGAUGUAUAGUAAUUAUAGCAAUGUUCAUUAUUGAAAAACGAAAAUAG